ACCCAUACUUAGAUGGAUUGAAGGCCCCCUUUUUCUCUUCCCCUUGUGUUCGUUGCCAAGUUUCUCUUCGUGGCGAUGCAUGAUGAAUGCAGGAAACCGGGCAGGCAUCCGUAUUCCGUACUCACUCGGCUUGAUUCUGUUGGACGCCCAGCAACAGUCUUAGAUCUUUCCUCGAACAGGUCCAACCUGAAGCUGAUCAGGUCUCUUCUUCUUCCACACAUUUGUUGUGAAGAGGCUUCAUACCAUUUGUGGUGAUGGCGGCAUUUUGGAGCUAGCCCAAGUCGAAGAAGAUCUCCAGUUGGUUGGCGGAGGACAAACUCCAUCCAUCGUGGUGUGUGAGUGUAUAUGUGAGAGCGAAUAAGACAGUGGUGAAGAAGUCACACACUAACCAAGUGGCACUAUUGUAGUACUGCUGAACCAAAAGAAGGUUAACCAUCUUCCUCAAUUCGCAGUCCCGCACAAGGGAACGAAGAAAGAAAACCAUAGAUCAAACACCUAGGCGACGAAGCUCUUGAAAGAACGUGAAAAGACCUGAAAAACGAACUGAAAGAUCGAUAUUCUGUGGACUGGCAACUACAAAUUAUGUGAAAUUUAUCACUCUCAUACUUUAUGGCAUCUCAUUGUGGUGACAUUUGGUUUCCAAUCUAAUCACACGAGGAAAGUCAUUUUUCUGGACAAGUUGAAAGUUAUUCGUCGGUGUGCUUCAUGACUUGCAUCUAGCUUCUCCCGUCCCAGUGAUCCUUUAUCUACCAUUAUCAAAUUCAAUCAUGGUUUCAUUCCAAAGAAUGAAGGAUGAACUUGACGACCUGGGCACACAUGUGACCCAAAAAUUACCCCCCAUUGGCAGGGCCGGUUGUGUCACCAUGUCAGUGAUUAUUAUUUUGUGCAUUCUUCUCAUCGGCAUUGGCAUUGGGUACGCCUCGGCAGGAGGGGGUGGAACCGGAGAUGGACCGUACGCGUCGCCCUUUAUUUCUUCGGAUAAAGAGGCUGCAUCGCCAUAUUACGUAUUCGUUUCCAACAACUCUCAAAGUUGCCCCCCUCUUGAGGGCGAAAGGCUUGUGACUGUUAUGAAGGAAGGUCAGAGCUUUGAGGGGCUGGUUGUCAACCUUGCUUGCCGUGGUGACUACAACGCUUUCCCCAACCAGAUCAAAUGCCAACGAAAGAGUGCGUUUGACGGUAAGGAUGCUCUGGAGUGGAGCCAUAUGCCUGUAUGCUAUCCAAGUGUUCUUGUGAGUAAGACCCACUGGACCCGGACUCUUCAUGCUAGAUCUGUAAGCUGCACGGGCGACGGCGCUGGUACGGAAUGUAAACUCACUUGUAUUAGGGAUUACAUUGCCGUCGAGAGCAAACCCUAUAAGUGUGACAAACCCCCAUGUCCGGCUUGGAGUCUGGGUGAUGCUCAUUGUUACAUGUGUGACCAAAAAUGCGAGGAAAUGCACGCAGUCAUGAACCCGCGUUCCAGCGCUCUUCUGUCCUCCUUGGGUUGUCAAGAUUCUUGCGAAAAUAUUUUAGUAAACAGUGAUGGGGAUGCAGCAGUGUGGCAAAACAAACGCACCGGUCUUUUCAAGUUCAUGGGCGAGCAUCAAGGGCGCCCAGUGUACCAAAACAAUGCCACCAAGGAAUUCUUGUUUUACACCUUUACUGGCUCCGAAUGGUUGGUUGGGCCUGAUUUCCGGAAGCCCCAUGCCGGCAUCCAAAUGUACGGCAACGAUGACACACAAUGCCCGGAAAGGAACGGAGGGCAGAACGUGUCUCGUCUUUAUAUCGACUCUUCAGAGCCGUCUCCCGGGGGAACUGGCAAAUGGACUAUGGACGAUACUUUGGAUUUCAAGUGCAUGCCUCCGGCCUUUGAGCCAGUAGAAUGUAACUGCCGCAGGUUCAAAAUCUAUCAUCUGACUUAUCUGAACGCCACGGUUCCAUCAGCUGUGGAAUAUCUAACCGGCACCUUCACCAAAAUUAAUGCUUGGGCGUAUGGGCUUUUGGCUCCUUUGUAUAUGGAUGAAAUGAAAAACCUUUUCCUCUUCAGUCAUCACCCCAAAGGUCGCGUGUGGCAAGUGUCAACCAAAUUAUCUACCACGCCCCUUCGAGGGGUGUUUUCCAAAGACAAUGCUUGUCCAGAUUCAGAAGAGAUUGCGUGGGAAUGGUUCAACACGACCACGUCCCAAGGUCAACAAUUGUACGUGAAGGAUAAACACAUCAGAGUCAAAUGCCUGGACGGUAGAUUUGAUAACUAAAAGCUCGCAUAAAUUUCUCGUUGUGUACAUGAGUGUUGAAAAAUAUACGAAGAAAACCCAUACUCUUGGACAAUUAAA